UGCUGUCCUUUAAUAUGAGCUGUGUAAGUGCUGUUAUCUGCCGGCAGGGGGCAGCAGCAGCACUGAGACUCUUGGUCCGAGCUCAGACUGAAGAAGAGAAGUAGAACCACUUUAUAUUUACGUUAGGAAUGGCUGCCUUGGACGAAAUAAAACGUCUUGAAUAUUUGUCUUUGGUGUCAAAGGUGUGCACCGAGUUGGAGAAUCACUUGGGAAUAAGCGAGAAAGAUCUGGCUGAAUUCAUCAUCAGUCUGGCCGAGAAACACCCAACGUUUGAGGAGUUCAAAGCAGUUCUGACUGAGAAUGGAGCAGAUUUUACAGAUACCCUUGUUGGUAAUUUGCUUAGACUUAUUCACACUAUGCGGGCUUUACCGUCUACAAGUAAAGCUCAUCAGCCGGAGGUUAAGCCAAAGAGUGAGAAGGACAAGCUGAAAGAGAAAUACCCUGCUUUAUGUCAGCCGGAUGCUCCUGUGUGGACCAUUGCACCGUGCCGCACAGAUAAAGAAGAUGAGCUGGUUGCAGCGGCGGCCAUGAAGCAGCUGGAGAUGCUGAUGCCAGGCUUUUGUGGGACCAGCUCUGCUAGCGGGUCGGUCCAGACUUUGCACACUGAGCGAGGUCGAGACACAGGCAGAGAGAGUGGACCUAAGCGAAGUCGUUCUCGCUCCAGAUCAAAAGACCGUGAUGGGGAAACAAACCCGAAGCGCAGAAGGAAACGAGUGUCUCGAUGGAGCGACCGUCCGCCGAGCCCACACAGGAACGAUGACGACAACAACAGCAAGAACGACAGAGACGCUGAUGGCUGGCGAGACAGACAUGUGGAUCGACCCCCGCCGGACGAGCCCGUCGUGGGAGACAUCUACGACGGCAAAAUCAGCAGUGUUAUGCAGUUUGGCUGUUUCGUGCAGCUGGAGGGCCUCAGAAAACGCUGGGAGGGCCUGGUGCACAUCUCAGAGUUGCGCAAAGAAGGACGUAUAGCCAAUGUGGCAGACGUGGUCACCAAAGGACAAAAGGUGAAGGUCAAAGUGCUGUCCUUCACCGGAACCAAAGCCAGCCUUAGCAUGAAGGACGUCGACCAGGAGACAGGGGAGGACCUGAACCCCAACCGGAGACGAAACCUGGACACUGGAGUUGGAGAUGAAGCCUUGAGGAACCCCGACCGCCCAGUUGAAGCCAGUAUGAUGGAUAUACAGGAAAACCCAACAGAAAGCAAACGACUCGCCAAGAUCACCGACCUUGAAAAAUGGGAGAUUAAACAGAUGAUUGCAGCCAACGUGCUUCCUAAGGAAGAGUUUCCAGAAUUUGAUGAGGAGACGGGAAUCCUUCCCAAAGUGGAUGACGAUGAAGAUGAAGAACUGGAGAUUGAUCUGGUCGAAGAGGAGCCGCCAUUCCUGAGGGGGCAGACUAAAUGGGGCAUGAACAUGAGCCCAGUCAAAAUAGUAAAGAAUCCAGAUGGCUCCCUUUCCCAAGCAGCCAUGAUGCAGAGCGCUCUGUCUAAAGAGAGGAGAGAGCUGAAGCAGGCGGCUCGCGCAGCAGAGAUGGACAGCAUCCCCACCGGCCUCAACAAGCACUGGAUCGACCCGAUGCCCGACUAUGAAGGAAGGCAGAUCGCUGCCAACAUGAGAGGCAUCGGCGCUAUGCCUGUCAAUCUACCAGAGUGGAAAAGAUACGCCUUCGGCGGGAACCAGGUGUCGUAUGGCAAGAAGACAGAACUUUCCAUCCUGCAGCAGAGAGAGAGUUUGCCUAUUUUCAAGCUUAAGGAACAGCUCGUUCAGGCUGUCCACGAUAAUCAGAUCUUGAUUGUAGUUGGAGAAACAGGAUCCGGUAAGACCACACAGAUCACUCAGUACCUGGCAGAGGCAGGCUACACCUCCCGGGGGAAGAUUGGCUGCACGCAGCCGCGGCGUGUGGCCGCCAUGUCAGUGGCCAAGAGAGUUGCUGAAGAGUAUGGUUGCCGUCUAGGCCAAGAGGUGGGUUACACCAUUCGUUUUGAGGACUGCACCAGCACGGAGACCGUUAUCAAGUACAUGACCCAUGGUAUGCUGCAGAGGGAGUGUCUGGUGGACCCAGACAUGAGCCAGUAUUCCCUCAUUAUGCUAGAUGAGGCCCAUGAGAGAACGAUCCACACCGAUGUGCUCUUUGGCCUUCUCAAAAAGACAAUACAGAAACGCAAAGACAUGAAGCUCAUCGUGUCCUCUGCUACACUGGAUGCUGUCAAAUUCUCCCAGUAUUUCUUUGAAGCUCCCAUCUUCACCAUCCCAGGAAGAAGUUUCCCAGUGGAGGUUCUCUACACCAAAGAACCGGAGACGGACUACCUGGAUGCCAGUCUCAUCACAGUCAUGCAGAUCCAUCUGACCGAGCCCCCAGGUGACAUCCUGGUGUUUCUGACUGGACAGGAAGAGAUCGACACCGCCUGUGAGAUCCUGUAUGAGCGUAUGAAGUCGCUGGGGCCUGACGUUCCUGAACUGAUUAUUCUGCCAGUUUAUUCUGCUCUGCCCAGUGAGAUGCAGACCAGGAUCUUUGACCCUGCACCUCCAGGCAGCAGGAAGGUCAUCAUUGCCACAAACAUCGCUGAGACGUCUUUAACCAUCGAUGGAAUCUACUACGUGGUGGACCCUGGCUUUGUGAAACAGAUUGUGUAUAAUUCCAAGACGGGCAUCGACCAGCUUGUGGUGACUCCCAUAUCGCAGGCCCAGGCCAAGCAGAGGUCAGGGCGGGCCGGCAGAACAGGCCCGGGGAAGUGCUACAGGCUGUACACCGAGAGAGCCUACAGAGACGAGAUGCUCGUGUCCAACGUGCCUGAGAUCCAGAGAACCAACUUGGCCAGCACUGUGCUGUCUCUGAAGGCCAUGGGCAUCAAUGACCUGCUGUCCUUUGACUUCAUGGACGCGCCCCCCAUGGAGACUCUAAUCACAGCCAUGGAGCAGCUCUACACUCUGGGAGCUCUGGAUGAUGAAGGCUUACUCACCCGGCUGGGAAGAAGGAUGGCUGAGUUCCCUCUGGAGCCCAUGUUGUGUAAGAUGUUGAUCAUGUCUGUCCAUCUGGGCUGCAGUGAAGAGAUGCUCACCAUCGUGUCAAUGCUGUCUGUGCAGAACAUCUUCUACAGACCAAAGGACAAGCAGGCCCUUGCAGACCAGAAAAAGACAAAGUUCUUCCAGCCUGAGGGAGACCACCUUACGCUGCUGGCUGUUUAUAACUCUUGGAAGAACAACAAGUUCUCCAAUCCGUGGUGUUUCGAGAACUUCAUCCAAGCUCGCUCCUUAAAGAGAGCUCAGGACAUACGCAAGCAGAUGCUGAGCAUCAUGGACAGACACAAGCUGGACGUGAUAUCUUGUGGAAAAGCUACGGUGCGGGUCCAGAAAGCGAUUUGCAGCGGUUUCUUCAGGAACGCUGCCAAGAAGCACCCCCACGAUGGGUACCGUACCCUGGUUGACCAGCAGGUGGUGUACCUCCACCCCGCCAGCACUCUCUUCAACCGCCAGCCAGAAUGGCUCGUGUACCAUGAGCUGGUGCUGACCACCAAGGAGUACAUGCGGGAGGUGACCACCAUCGACCCUCGCUGGCUGGUGGAGUUUGCGCCGGCCUUCUACAGAGUUGGCGACCCCACACGCCUCAGCCACCAGAAGAGGCAGCAGAAACUGGAGCCUCUCUACAACCGCUACGAGGAGCCCAACGCCUGGAGAAUUUCCCGCGCCUUCAGGCGGCGCUGAAGGUCGCCUUUCUGAAAGACUGUGUGAAAGACUGACUGAUGCCUGACAAGACACUUUGUCUGCCAGAAGGUAAAAAAAACACUCUAAUUAAUGGUCUUACUGGAAAUUUAUUUAAGCCAUAACUUAAUUCAGAAAUACCUGGUUUUGCCUUUUUAGGGCUGUCAUUAGAAGGUGUUGAUGCACAACAGUUCCUGUAGUAUUUUCUAUGAAGUGUUCAAAAUAUUUGUGAUUUGCAAGUUAAAUUGUUUUUCAUGAUCGCA